GCGCGAACUCUUGAGCGGCAGGGUCCGGGGGUCGGGUCGCGGCCGCUGCAGGUCUUAGGCUGAUCCGACGACUGCGGCGGCCGGGUCGCUGAGCCUCCCCGCCAUGGAACCCUCGGCGGCCAGGAUCAGGAACCUGCCCUGGGUUGAAAAAUACCGGCCACAAACACUGAGUGAUCUCAUUUCUCAUCAGGACAUUCUGAGUACCAUUCAGAAAUUUAUCAGUGAAGACCGACUGCCACACCUGCUUCUCUAUGGCCCUCCGGGGACAGGAAAGACAUCCACCAUCCUAGCCUGUGCUAAACAGCUAUACAAAGACAAAGAAUUCAGCUCCAUGGUCCUGGAGCUGAAUGCUUCAGAUGACCGAGGAAUAGAUAUUGUUCGGGGACCAAUCCUGAGCUUUGCCAGCACAAGGACAAUAUUUAAGAAAGGGUUCAAGCUGGUAAUCUUGGAUGAGGCCGACGCCAUGACUCAAGAUGCCCAGAAUGCCUUGAGAAGAGUGAUUGAGAAAUUCACUGAAAAUACCCGAUUUUGCCUCAUCUGUAACUAUCUGUCCAAGAUCAUCCCCGCCUUGCAGUCUCGGUGCACGAGGUUCCGGUUUGGUCCCCUGACGCCUGAACUCAUGGUUCCCCGCCUGGAACAUGUUGUGGAAGAAGAGAAAGUUGAUAUAAGUGAAGAUGGCAUGAAAGCACUUGUCACUCUCUCCUGCGGAGAUAUGCGAAGGGCCCUGAAUAUUUUGCAGAGCACCAAUAUGGCCUUUGGGAAGGUGACGGAGGAGACGGUCUACACCUGCACAGGGCACCCGCUCAAGUCGGACAUCGCCAACAUUCUGGACUGGAUGUUGAAUCAGGACUUCACCACAGCCUACAGACGUAUCAUGGAGUUGAAAACUCUGAAGGGUUUGGCGUUGCACGACAUCCUGACCGAGGUUCACUUGUUCGUGCACAGAGUGGACUUUCCAUCAUCAGUUCGAAUACAUUUGUUGACCAAAAUGGCGGACAUCGAGUACAGACUUUCUGUUGGCACCAGUGAGAAGAUUCAGCUGAGUUCCCUCAUUGCCGCUUUCCAGGUCACCCGAGACCUGAUUGUCGCAGAGGCCUAGACGCCCGAAGCUGUUCUCCAGGUCUCAGCCCAUCGCUGACGGGAAUGAGGCUCAAGUGCCGUGUGGGGUGAAGCCAGUCAGCCCAUGUCUUGAAAAACUCUGGUCCAGGCGCGGGUGGGCAGAUCUUUAAAAAGUACUGUCUGUGAUUGUUUCAAACACCCAUAUAGAGAACAAUUUUAAUGUCUGCCUAUCUCACCACACUUUUUUUUUUAAAUAUUUUUACCCUUUCGUUUCUUGAAUAACAGCAAACUGCCCUACCCUAUUUUGGUCCGUAACAUGAGAUUCUCAAAUCUAAUAUGGUCCAAAUGUCUUUCAACUCAAAAAUCCUGACCUCCAAAGUUUAUGAAUCUAAUAUUUGGCAUUGUCUACUUUCUAAGCAGUAAUGCUGAUUGUCUGGUCCAAACUGUUAAAUUCUUAUAAAAGAGUGAAUACUUUUUAAAAACUAAUCUUUUUGUUUCCCCUCUUGCAUAAUUAUUAGCAGGUCUCAAUGGUGUGGACAGGAAGGAAAAAACUUGCAUUUUAAAUAGAGCUAGCCUCUGAAUUGUGCCAUCAGAGGCCACUGGGAGGGCCUGCCAGAUGAGGCCAGCCCUAAACUGGACCUUCUCAAAGGACUGAUGUGGGCACCGUGGUCUGCUUUAGUUCUGCUUUAAGCUGGCUGGGUGCUCACCACCGGAGGCUCCUCCUUAGCUCUGCCAUCACCGAAUAAAGGUUCUUCUGGGCUGUUCCUUACAGUGGUGUCAAAUUCU